AUGUUUCGUCAAACCUUCAGACUGGUGAAAUUUUCACCAUUUACCAAAGGAUUCAAAACCUCUGCAAAACAACCAUUGAAAGCCAGUUUCAUUCCAACUCCAAUCGUUUUAGUCGCUGGUGUUGCUGCAGCAGCUGUUGGUGGCUACUACUUAUUAGAUUCUAGAUCAGCAUUCCAUGAAUACGUCUUGUGUCCCUUAAUUAGAACCUUCACUGAUGGUGAACAAGGUCAUAAAUUGGGUAUCUUCUUUAUGAAAUAUGGAAUUGCUCCAAGAUUAAUGGAUGAAGGUAAAAACGAUCAAAGUGAUGUAUUAGGAGUUAAAGUAUUUGGUCACAACUUGAAGAAUCCAAUUGGUUUAGCUGCUGGUUUGGAUAAAGAUGCUGAAGCUGUUGAAGCUUUAUUCAAUUCUGGUUUUUCCUAUGUUGAAAUUGGUUCAGUUACUCCAGAACCUCAACCAGGUAACCCACAACCAAGAUUUUUCAGAUUACCAAAAGACGAAGCUGUUAUUAACAGAUACGGUUUCAACUCUAGUGGACAUUUCAAUGUUUUGGCUACUUUAAAAUUAAGAUUCAAUAAAUUACUCGGUAAAUUCCAAAGAAACCAUGCUGGUGGUGAACUUCCUGAAUCAAAUGCUUUCCAAAAGGGUAAAAUGUUGGGUAUUAACUUGGGUAAAAAUAAAUUUGGUGAUGAAGUUAGUGAUUUCGUUAAAGGUGUUGAAAGAUUAGGUCCAUAUGCUGAUGUUUUGGUUAUUAAUGUUUCUUCUCCAAAUACUCCAGGAUUGAGAGAUUUACAAAGUGAAGCCAAAUUAACCAACUUGUUAUCUACUGUCGUCAAGGAAAGAGAUAUUUUGGGUAAGAACUUGUUAGGUGAAAAACCACCUGUUUUGGUCAAAGUUGCCCCAGAUUUAACCGAACCUGAAAUUGAAUCCAUUGCUAAUUCUGCUAAAGAAGCCAAAGUUGAUGGUAUUAUCAUUUCCAACACUACUAUUCAAAGACCAGUAGACAAAUUGUUGACUACUGAUCAAAAAUUAAUUAACGAAACUGGUGGAUUAUCUGGUAAACCAUUGAAACCAUUUGCCUUGAAGGCUUUAAGAACCUUGAGAAAAUACACCAAGGAUUCCAAUUUGGUAUUGAUUGGAUGUGGUGGUAUUUCCACAGGUAAAGAUGCCUUAGAAUUUGGUAAAGCCGGUGCUACUUUUAUUGAAUUGUACACUGCUUUUGCUUAUAAAGGUCCUGGAUUGGUUGCUAAAAUUAGAGACGAAUUGGCCCAAGAAUUAAGACAAGAAGGUAAGACUUGGGAACAAAUCAUUGGUGAAGACGAUAAAUAA